CUUAACCAAACAAACAAAAAUAACAUUCUAAUGGCUUUAAUAUGGAAAUUUUCUUCUCCGUUUAUCCUUUCGAAUAGUUCUUUUCAUCAAAGAAAUAUUCUUGUCUGUGACAUGCGAUUAAUUACUUCACAGCAACCCAUAGCACUUACAGAUGUUACUAAGCCAACGACUCUCAGAAGAUCAGCAAAUUAUCAGCCUUCGUUAUGGUCGUAUGAUUAUGUUCAAUCGCUUGGUAGUAAAUACACUGGAGGGAAGUAUAUGGCACGAUUGCAAGCUCUUAAAGAAGAAAUAAGAACCAUGAUUAGAAAAGAGAAUGAAAAGGUGGAACAUCCAUUAAGUGUACUCAAUUUGGUUGAUGAUUUACAGAGACUCGGCAUAUCGUAUCAUUUUGAAGAAGAAAUAAGAGAUGUCUUGGAGAAGUUAUAUUACAGAAGUCAAGACAAAUGGUCGAAAAUGGAUCUAAAUCUCAAAUCUCUUUAUUUUAGACUCUUCAGACAACAUGGAUAUCAUAUUCCUCAAGAGAUAUUUGAGGACCUUAAGGAUAAGAGAGGGAAUUUCAAUGGGCACUUCAAUGAAGAUAUCGUUGGUAUCCUAAACUUGUAUGAGGCUUCCUAUUAUUCAGUAGAGGGUGAGAGUCUACUGGAUGAUGCUAGAGAUUACGCAACAAGAUAUCUAAAAGAAAAUUUGAAGAACAUGGUUGAUCAAAAUAUGUCAUCGUUAAUAAGUCAUGCAUUAACUUUUCCGCUUCAUUGGAGAGUCCCACGAGUGGAGGCUAAAUGGUUUAUUGAAGCUUACGAGAAAAGAAAUGGCACGAAUUCGACAUUGAUUGAGCUCGCUAAAUUGGAUUUUAACACAGUGCAAGCAAUACACCAAAAAGAUCUUAAAUACGCAUCAAGGUGGUGGAAAGAAACAUCUUGGGAGAAGUUCGGCUUUGCUCGUGAUCAUUUGGUGGAGAGCUUUAUGUGGAGUAUUGCUGUAAAUUACAGGCCUAACUUUCAAGGAAGGACAACUCUUACAAAGAUUUUUGCCAUGAUAACUACAAUCGAUGAUGUCUACGAUGUGUAUGGUACUUUGCAUGAACUCGAACAAUUCACAGACGUUGUGAGCAGGUGGGAUGUCAAUAUGAUCGAGGAGCUUCCACAUUAUAUGAGAAUAUGCUUUCUAGCAUUAUACAACUCGAUUAAUGAGAUAGCAUAUAGCACAUUGACAAACAAAGAGUUCUUCAUCCUUCCUUACCUUAAAAGAACGUGGCAUGAUUUAUGCAACUCUUACCUAAUAGAAGCAAGAUGGUAUAACAAUGGAUAUACGCCGACGUUGAACGAGUUCCUUACCAAUGCAUAUGUAUCAAUAGGAGCCGGUGUAGUCAUCAUGCAUGCCUAUUUGUUAACUUUAACUAGUGUAACUAAAAAAGAAUUGGAACAUAUAGGUAGAGCUGAAAAUAUAAUUCGACAUGCAUCUGUUAUCGUGCGACUCACUAAUGACUUGGCCACAUCAUCGGAAGAGUUGGAAACAGGGGAUGUUCCAAAGUCUAUCCAAUGCUAUAUGCAAGAGAGUGGUGCCACAGAAGUGGAAGCAAGAGAAUAUAUAGAACGAUUAAUCUUGGAGACAUGGAAGAAGUUGAAUAAAGAACGCCAAAAAAUCGGUUCUUUAUUUCCACAAGAGUUCAUUGAAUGUGUAACGAACCUUGCUAGGAUGGGCCACUUCGCAUAUGAUGUAGACAAGCAUGCUUACUCGGACAUGAUGAGGACCCAUGUAUUAUCAUUAUUUGUUAAUCCAAUCCAAGGGUUAGCAUAAACUGCUUUAGCCAUAAUGUAACAAAUGUUGGAAUUUUAGGGUCUUUUUCUUAUAGUUCCUUUACUUAUCAACUGCUAAAUGGGUAAUUAACUAUUGUGAGCAUUAGGGUAUUUUGUUUGAUAACCUCUAAAUAAAAAAUAUUAGGUUACAUCCUAAUUGGUUAGCA